AUGUUUUCUGUUACUGUCCCACGCUGCACUCCGUUCCAAGGGGAGGAAUGGGCUGCCUACGGACAGACUGUCGAGCAGCAAGUUGCCGGGGAAGGACGACGACUCCAGCCGACGCUCCAGUACAGCCUCGAGAAGCUGGACAUGGUCCAGAAAUACAAGGUGCAGUUGAAAGUGGAACAGGUCGGCGAGCACAAGUAAGUUUACUCUCCAUUCAAUAGAUUUGGCUGUAACUACUAAAUUACAGGUACAAAUUCAACGAGAUGGUCAAGGAUGGUCAAGGUGGAGCACUGCUACUUGGAGCAGUCUGAUCUGCAGGCCGCGCAGAUCGUGGAGCAUCCUGACGGCUGGAAGACGGGAAUGGAGUGGAUGGAUGAGACGGUGAACUUCUCAAAGCUCUACAUCACCAACAAGCCGGGCUGCACCAAUAAACUGCACGUAUUUGUGAACCCGCAGCGCAAGUACACAGUCACCUUCGUGCUCAUCUCGGAGAGUGGGCUCCAUUAUACGGAACACCACGAGGCACACACAUUUGUGGUCGUCUCCAAUCAUGUAAGUGUUUGAGUGUCCGUUCCAUCAAUUCAUUCAUUCCAUUUCCAGAGCCAGCAGUUUAAAGCGAAGAAGGCAGAGUUGAAAGCGGCGAAGAGAGCGGAGAAUCCGAGCAGAGCACAGAAGAGACCGUCGGAGAGGACUGCAGAGCCGAAGAGAAAGCAGAUGAAGGUAUGUGCUGAUGAAAGUGAACAGGCUCAGGGGCAACAACAGCAGCAGGCUCCGUCGGAGGUGAGUUCUAACGCUCCGUUUCAGAUGUACCCAUACGAACAGAAUGAUCCGGAAGAAGACAACGUUGAAUGGGUGCAGGUAGACGAGGAUGAGCUGGUGCCCGAGGAUCAGGAAGGAGACAACGUUGAAUGGGUGCAGGUGGACGAGGAUGAUCUGGUGCCGGAUGAUCAGGUGUUCUAUGAGUACCCAGUGGAGCAGCAGGAACACUGGGAGGUGGUUCCGCAAGAGGUGGGUGAUAAUGUUCCAUUGCAGCAGUACCCAUCCGAUAACAAUGGUCCUCAUGGGCAACAAGUGCCCGUUCAAGAGCAGAAUGAGGAUUCCCAACUUAUGCGGGAAUUCUUUUACAGCCCAGAGCAACAGCAAUGGAACAACCAAGUGGAGAACGUGGAGAACGUGGUCCCACACCAGGUACGCACUAAUAUCCCAUUGCAGAACUGUGCAUCCACGCGCAAUGUUGCUCAUAACCAGCAAGAAGCACAUGUUCAAGGACAGCAUGUUCCCAGGUAUGAGCAAAUUGGCAAUGCCGAGCAGUAUCCGCUUCAGCAGCCGCAUCAAUGGGUCACUCAUCCUCAAGGAGCGAAUGUGAUUCCGUCACAGGUGAGUGCAAAUGCACCAUUUCAGAACAACUGGCACAUGGAUCAUCAUUACCAACAUCGUCAUCAUGGCUACCAAGUACAGUACGGAAACGUCGAGAUUCAACCAAUGCCGACUGCUCCAGCGACGAAUAGCCAAUGGAAUCAGGCACCGAAUUGA